UCUGAUGUGUAUCCGGUAACCAAAAUGGCGAGAGGUACCGUUCUAUUAGUUGCAUUUGCCUUGUUGUCCGUAAUGGGACAGGCUUUGACGCCAUCAUCCUAUUUCUCUGCUGCGGAUCAGGCACGACUGAGGUCAGUGUUUGAAGCAGCAGCACCAUACUCAGACGUGGAAGCUGCCCACUACUCCAUUAUGGGGCUCAAGUUGCUAGGUGUAGUCAUCCCUAACUCUAAGGAUGUAUGCAACUAUCUUCAAGUCAACUUGGACCAGAGUAGCGUAGAAAGUUUGUUCUUCGCCUCUUCAGCUGCCAAAAAUUUAGGAGGAUGCCAGCUGACAGCUAACACUGCCAAGGAGACAAUUGCGGAGAGUCUGAAGACAGACCAGCCAGUGGUGAAUAUUUUCUAUGCAAUUUUAGCAGCCAAAAAUCUGGGUGUGACAGUGGACUCUGCCAAAGCCAGCCAGACCCUGCUGGAGGUACUGAAAAAAGAUGACAGCCCUCUCAGUCUGGGGUAUGCCUUCUUAGCAGCUACUCAACUCAGUGGGGAUGUCAGCAAAUUCUUUGAUAGAAUAGAGGAUGUGGUCGCACAAGCCGACGAGGUCGAUGAUAAAUAUUUACAGUUCGAAGGAGGACUGUUUACAACAUCAGUUGUAAUUGACUCAGCAUAUAAACUGGCCACAAAGGUGAACAAGGCCCCAACUAUAGAUGAAGAGAAGAUUAUAAAAUUUACCAACUAUUUCCUGAGCCGGAAGUCGGUACAGCAGCUGAAGACGGCGGCACACCUGCUCUCAGCUGUCAAGACACUCACAGAUAAUAAGUUUCACAUUCCAGUGGCAGUCACUCUUGCCAGUCCAGUUGCAGUGUCCGCAAGCUCUCCCAAAGUAAAGGUCCGUGUGAGUAACCUCCUGGGGGUGAGUCUUGGUGCCAUGACUGUCACCGCAGAUACUGGGCGUAACCUUGGUGACGAUGCCGUCGUCUUGAGCAAGAAGCAGUUCACACCAGCAGCAGAUGACAAGGCUGUGUAUGAGUUGGACUUCAUGCAAACCAAGCCUAGCCGUGGCUUCUACAGCAUCAGCAUUAGUCUGAGCUCACAGAAGGCAGACAAGAGGCUAGUGGGGACUUCAGGAGCUGAGGUCCACCUUAAAGUGACCACACAGGUGGGAGUGGAGAAUGUGGAGAUUGGUGUGGCUGACAAGGACCAGGGUACCCCGGCAAGAACUACCAAAGUGCAACAUCCCAAAAAGGCGUCCAGCACAUUUGAAGCUGAUCAUCACCAGCGUAUCAUCAUGCGCUUCACCCUGCGCGACAUGACUGCCAAUGCCGCCAUGACAGCACACCAGACGUUUGUGCGUCUGACCAAUCAGAAGAGCAAACAAGAAAUAGUGUUUGUUGCCGAAGCUGACAAUGCCGAUGUGUAUAGAUUUGAUUUGGAUGUAGGUUCAUCAGCCAAGGACUUUGGUUGGCUGUCCGGCAAGUACACCAUGGACCUGGUAGUUGGAGAUGCUGUCAUAGAAAAUCCUCUCUUCUGGACUGUGGCUGAUGUAUCGCUGACAUUCCCCGAGGGUUCUGCACCUAAGGCACCAGCCAGCGACCUCUAUGCUCCAAAGAAGAACAUAGAACACAUGUUCCGUCAGCCAGAGAAGAGACCCCCAGGGACGGUGUCCAUGCUGUUCACUGCCCUGGUCCUGGCACCUGCAGCUCUUCUCCUUAUCUUGUGGCUGACCAUCGGAGUUAACAUCAGCAACUUCCCCAUGUCUCUCAGCGCCAUAGGAUUCCAUGCUGGACUUGGAGCCAUAUUUGUCCUGUACUACUUCUACUGGGUGCACCUGAACAUGUUCCAGACCCUGAGGUACCUGGGGUUCCUGGGUGUUCCGACAUUCCUGUUUGGUAACAGACUGCUCAGUGGCAUUGCAGCUAAAAGGAAGUCCAGUUGAAGCUAGGAAACCAAAGUAGUUGAAGUCAGAGUAGAUACUUUCUAAUUCCAAGACAAAGAUUUGCCUGUUAGUAGUAUAGGCAUAAAAGACGAAAAGAUUAUAAAACAUUUAAGACAUACUUUUUUAAAGAAAAAAAAAAUAAGAAAAAUAA